AUGCGGUUGUCAAAUAUAAGAAUGGUCAAGCCAGAGCGUUGCUGGUAUGGUGGAAGACUAUCUCAUCGGAAUGCGUCCCAGGAGGCUGCCGUCCCAGGUUACAGACGACCAGCUAAGCAGAUACUCAUCUCCCUCCAGCAGCCAAAGAGAGACUUAAGAUAG